CGUCGAUGCUCCAGCCAAUCCGGGCACGCCGUGACCCAUCCCGCCCUCUUAUUGGAGAAACGAGGGGCCGCCCGGCGGAUGUUGUCUUCGUCGGGAGCCCCGGGCAGAGCGCGAUGGCGUCGAGGGACGGGCAGCCCGGGAGCGUCUGGGAGCACCACGUCCCGAAGGCGGUGUGCGACACGCGGGCCAAGUAUCGGGAGGGACGCCGGCCCCGCGCCGUCAAGGUGUACACGAUCAACCUGGAGUCCCGGUACUUGCUGGUCCAGGGCGUCCCUGCGCUGGGAGCCAUGCGGGAGCUCGUCGAGCGCUUUGCUCUGUACGGCGCCAUCGAGCAGUACAAUGCUUUAGACGAGUACCCGGCGGAGGAGUUCACCGAGGUCUAUCUCAUUAAGUUCCUGCAUCUGCACAGUGCCAGGACGGCCAAGAGGAAGAUGGACGAGCAGAGCUUCUUCGGCGGAUUGCUUCACGUGUGCUACGCUCCGGAAUUUGAAACCGUGGAGGAAACCAGGAGGAAGUUAGCAGCGAGGAAGGCGUACGUGGGGAGGAGCACGAGGAGCAAAGGCUGCGUCCCGACGAAGCCGCCGCCGCCCCUGCCCCAGCCCGGAGACGCGGACCCCUGCAGCCCGGACCUGCCCGCAGGCGGUGCUGUGUCCUGCGCGGCCGCCCUGGACCCCUCUGCCGGGCGCUCGCGGCCGCCUCUUCCCUGUUCCUGCCAACGGCCUCUGUGCUCCUUCGCCACGCACCAUGCGGGGGCACCUGGCAAGCGCCUGGGCGGCGGGGCCGGCUUUGGAGCCGAGGGCCCCCGGCUCUGGGACUCUGCGCCGAGCCCACGGAGCGCUCCCGAGGCCGCCCCGUCUUCGGCAGCCGUGGACAGGUUCCUGCCUCGGAGCACGCAGCUGCAGGAGCGCCAGAGACGCAGGGAGGAGGACCGGAAACGGGCAGCCGGCCCCGAGCCCGACCCGAGCGGCCGCGCCGUGGUCAUCGGGCCCCUGCUGCCGCAGGAGCCCGAGGUGGACCUGCAGGACGCCUCGCUGAAUGCCACGGCCGCCCUCAUUCGGAGGAGACUCAGAGAGGUGACGUCAUCCGUCCCAGAGCCCCCGGAGGACAGGCUGGGAGAUGUGCGUGCGGGUCGUCCCCUGAAACAAAGAAGAAGAAUAUAAACCGGCAGCGCAGCAGUGCGUCCAGAUAGAGUAUUUGUAUUUUAUCCUCGAUGAGAUUUUGCUAUUUUACAACUUGCCUUUUUGUAAUUUCUUUCAAGAUAUUUGUCUAGUGUCAUCCAUCCUUACUUUCGCAGAAACAUUGUAACGUUACCUGUCCCAUCCAGCAUCUAGAAGUCCAGGGGUCUGAGUGCCAGGGCUUCAGAGUGAAGACAGGCCUGAGAAGUAAAGAGUUAAUAAACUGUGGGAGCAGAGCUGGGACUGCAGACCCUCACGUGCUUUAGUUAACAUCUGAAGAGGAUUUACUUGAUCUGUGGCUCUAAAAACGUCAGUACUUGAAGAAGUUUUAUAAAGAUGUAUUUAUUUGAAAGCCAGAGUUUCAGGGAGAGGUAGACAGAGAAGGACUUGCACCUGCUGGUUGACACCCAGAAAGGCUGCAACAGCCAUGGCUGGGCCAGGCUGACAGUAGGAGCCUGGAGCUCCAUCUGGGUCUCCCACAUGGGUGGCAGGAGCCCAAGUACUCUGGUCCUUCCUGGUGCUUUUGCCAGGCACGCUAGCAGGGUGCUGGAUCAGAAGUAGAAUAGUCUGGACUCGAACCCAGUACCCACAUGGGACGUGUGCAUUGCAGGUACUGGCUUAACCCACUGCCACACAACCAGCUCCACCUGCUAGACUCUACCCUCACUUCAGGCCUUUCCACGGGUGUUUUCUGUCAGGGGAGUGCGGAUUCUGAAAUCCACGUAGGUCUAGGCUGACCGCGGUGUCUUUACUGAUGGAAAUAACUUGAGGGGUAGGCGUUUGGUGCAGUGUUAGGGUGCCGCUUAGUUUGUCCUCUUCCAUGUCAGGGUGUCUGGGGUCCAACUGCAGCUCUGCUUCCUGGUCUCACUUCCGGCCAGUGCGCCCCCGGGAGGCAGCGUGAGAGGACUCAGGUAUCAGGUCCCUGCCUCCCAGCUGGGAAACUUGGAUUGAUCGGUGCUCCUGGCUUUGGCCUGGUUCUGCCCGGGCAUUUGGAGAGUGAACCUGCAGGUGGAAUACCUUUCUGUGUCUGCUUUUGAAAUAAAGUGAGAGAAAAGUG